GCGGUUGAGAACGCAGCCGUACUGAAUGUAUUACCUUAACUAGGGUUCAGGGUUAGACUUGUCAAAUCUUAAAACUGCUUCAGGAAAAAAAAGAACAAAAUUGAAUAAAAUGUUUUCACCGAGGGUUUUGAAGUCAGUAGCAUCUCUGACAUGCAGGGCUUUUUCCCAACAGGGCAAAGCUCCAGAUAUGGCUGAAGGAAACGCACACUUGCUUGUGACCAAUGUACGCAAUCGGCUGAGGCAGAUCGUAGGAGCAUCAACCAACUGGAACGAUCAUCAGCAGGCUCUGGCUGAGAGAAUCUCCCUGAGUAAACACCUCGCUAACAGUCAGGACGAACUUCCCGCUAAGACGAUGAAGGAGAGUGAGAUUGAGGUGCAUCUUCCGUUAGGGACGCAGCCAGCGCUCCGGGAGAAAUACCUCACCUUCCACAACACCGUCAGGUUUGGUCGGAUUUUGGAGGAUCUUGACAGUUUAGCAGUGCUCAUCUGUUACUCUCACACGUGGAAUAAAGAGCUUCCGAGAUCGCCUCUGUCUAUCGUUACAGCUCUGGUGGACAAAAUCGACAUGAGAAGGAACGUAAUUUACCCAGAUUGUGAUAUCAAGUUCACGGGUCAUGUGACGUGGGUGGGAAAGACGUCGAUUGAAGCUAAGAUGCACAUGACGCAGUUCCAUGACGGCGCUUACGCUCCAGUGUUAGAUGCUACGUUUGUGAUGGUCGCUCGAGAUCCAGAAAAUAAAAGGGCAGCGUUUGUAAACCCUCUGAAACUGGAGAACCCUGAGGAAGAGAAGAUUUUCCAACAAGGAGAGAUUAACAAGAAGAGACGUGUGGAGUUGAGCACCGCCUCGUUACUCAAGGUGGCUCCUACAGCGGAGGAGAGGACGCUCAUACACAGCCUGUUCCUCAACACACUCGACACGAAAACUGUUAGCUUCCGGGGUCGAAUCCUUCCCCCCAACUCUGUAUGGAUGGAGGACGCGAAGUUAAAAGGCUUGGUGAUUUGCCAUCCACAGGAGAGGAACAUCUUCAAUCGGAUAUUUGGUGGUUUCCUGAUGAGAAAGGCGUAUGAGCUGGGCUGGGCCAAUGCCUGUACAUUCGUUGGUUGUCGGCCGGUCCUGGUGGCAGUGGAUGACAUCAUGUUCCGCAAGCCGGUGGAGAUCGGCUCCCUGCUACUGCUGUCCUCACAGGUGUGUUACACUGAAGGACACCACGUCCAGGUCAGAGUUCACACUGAGGUGCUCGACCCUUUGACCCGGCAGCACAACACCACCAACAUCUUUCACUUCACCUUCCAAGUCGAGAAGCCUGUUCUAGCUGUGGUCCCGCAGAGUUAUGGAGAGUCCAUGCUCUAUCUGGAUGGGAAAAGACACUUUGAUGAGACAAUGAAGAGCCAGUAAAGAACAGUAUGCAUACGAUGUGUCCAUAAAAGAUGAUGUCUUCCAAUGCAAUGCAGCAGACAAACAAAAGGAAUGCAACUGCACUUUUUCUGAGGCGAUGUUACAUUGGACAGAUUCUGUUUGUGUGCAUGUAUACGUUAUUCAUUUAUAAAUAUAGAUUCAAAAUAUUCACAAAUAUUUAUACUUGUAGUAACAUUGAACGUUUUUUUUUUAAAACACUUGUACUUUUACACACACACUCUCACUACAAAAAUAGUGUAUUAGACUGUGUCUAUUGCACGUAUUAUUAAGAUAUUAGAUGUUUUGUAUUUUAUAUCGCUGUAUGGAUACGCUGCUGAGUGUCUUCGUUAACCAAAGUGUCUGUCUGUCUUUGACUUCUAGACUAAAUUGAUCAUGGAUUGAAAUGUUUCACUCCGUGAUAUUUUUUUCUCCCAGUUUUUUUCAGUAUCACAUCCCGACAGCAAUGUUAUGUGGUUGUUGUCUUGUGCGUGUAUAUUACAAUAAAAAAUGAUUAGCUACCAGAAGUUACCGCAUGGACUAGGAUAGCUGGCAGGUAAAUGAAGGGAUGAAGCAAGAAAGCAAUAUGAGUUUUGUCUUGUGAGCAUCUUGAUCAAUGGUCCCAGUAAAAGAAAACUUCAAGUGCACUUAUUCACCAUUAUGAGAAUAAAGUUACUUUGGAACGGAAGGGUGUCAGCACAGUAAAUCAAAGUUUCACGUUCUUAGCGUGUGCACAUCACCUAUGAAAUGCCAGGAUUUUGGUUUUUUUUUUUACUAUAACAAACAUUUGUUGUGUAUUUCUCAAAUGGUCAUGUUUUUAUGUUAAAGAGCCUAAUAAAAUCUAAUCAGACACA